AUGAACCUGGGGAGUGGAUGUUGUGAAAGUAUUGUGAGCCGAUGGUGCGAUACUGUGAUGAUAGCAGCGGAAGCCAAGCCCCCUGUGGCACGCAUCAUGGACUACAGCAAGUUCCGCUAUGAGCAGCAGAAGAAGAAGCGCGAGCAACAGAAGAAGGCUGCUGCCAGCCGCCAGGAAAUCAAGGAGCUCAAGAUGAGGUACAACAUUGACACGGGCGAUUACAACGUGCGCCUCAAGCAGGCUCUUAAGUUCCUUCACGACGGCGAUAAGGUGAAGCUGACAGCGCAGUUCAGGGGGCGCGAGAUGGAGUUCAAGGAGCUGGGGGUGAAGCUGUUUGAGAAGUUCCAACAUGAUGUGGCUGAGCUGGCAAUCGUGGAGUCCAAAGCUCAUCUGGAGGGGCGGUCGAUGCACAUGGUGCUGGCGCCCAACAAGGCUGCUCUGCAGCGCAUAGCGGCCGCGGAGGAGAAGAGCCGCCGCGCCGCAGAGCGCAGCAAGCGGAACGAGGCGCGCGGAGGGGCGGUGUCUGGGAGCGAGAGUGACGGCGGGGAGAGAGCGGGGGAGAGUGAUGUGGAGAGCGAUGGGGAGGAGGUGGCAGGAGCUUCCCCCCAUGCCUCCGCGCUCUACAUCGUCCGCCUGCGUUCCGCCCCGCCCGUCGCGUUGUACCGCGGGGGAAUCCCCGGCUACCCGGCAACGGCCGUGUGGGACAGCGACCCUAACGGCAACUCGAAAGAUGCGACAGCAGACGAUCCAGCCAACGGUGCCGAUCCAGCCAACGGUGCCGAUCCAGCCAACGGUGCCGAUCCAGCCAACGGUGCCGAUCCAGCCAACGGUGCCGAUCCAGCCAACGGUGCCGAUGCAGCCAACGGUACUGACGGCGCAGCUCCCUCAAAUUCCUCAACGGCCGCGUGGGCCAGCGACCCUAACAGCAUCUUGACAGAUGCGACGGCAGACGGCCCUAACGGCAACUCGCCAGGCACUGCCGCAUCAGACGACCACACCAGCGAUGGCGUUGGCACUGCGUCUGGUGCAAGCAACAGUGGCGUUGGCACUGCGUCCGUUGCAAGCAACGGUGGCGUUGGCACUGCGUCUGUCGCAAGCAACAGUGGCGUUGACACUGCGUCUGGUGCUCCUGUCACUGCUGCUGCUGCUGCCACUAGCGGUUCAGGAGGGACCAGCCGUGUGCGGCGCCGGCCGCGGGUGAACGUGAGGGCGCCGGGCGUGAGGGCGUUCAAGCAGCUGCUGCAGCGCAUGCAGCAGGCCGUGCUGAGAGACAGCGGGGUGGACGCGGGGAAGAUGCUCUACAGCUACAUGCACGCGUCGAACGGCUUCGCAGCGAUCCUCACGGCAGCGCAGGUGCAGCGCAUGAGGCGGCACCCCUCUGUGGCGUCCGUGACGCCGUCUCGCACCAUCACACGCCGCCGUGCUGUCACUGCCGCCGACAGGCACAAGUCUCUCAACCUGCCCCACGCCCGCACUGCUGGUGCUGCCUCUCCCGCUGCUGCUGCUGCUGCUGCUGCUGCUGCUGCUGCUCCGGCUGGAGUGUCGAGUGACGGCGAAGGCACGGUGAUUGGGAUUGUGGACAGCGGUGUGUGGCCGGAGCACCCCUCCUUUGAUGACACGGGCUACAGCAGCACGCUCCCUGCCGGUUAUAACGACAGCCUCAGCCUCACCCUCAACUGGCUGUCCCGCGGGAUUCUGAUGGCCAUGGCACUUGGUGUGCUGGAGCGGCAGCGGGCAACAGUGGGGUUGAAGUGCCUGUCGGGGGCACCAUCAGUGGCGUGGCUCCCAAGGCACGCCUGGCCAUCUACAAGGUGUACUGGCGCAGCACGCGUACUUACGACAUACGCGCUUCAGAAACAGACGGCAACGCCAGGCACUGACAUACUCUUGUGGGUAUCGGCAACUUUGCACCCUUGUAUAUCAGCGUGGGGGCAAGCACCAGCAGCAGCAGCAGCAGCAGCAGCAGCAGCAGCAGCAGCAGCAGCAGCAGCAGCAGCAGCAGCAGCGGUAGAAUCUCCUGCAAACACCACAGGCCCAGCAGCAUCAACACUGCUGGGAACCCCACUCCCAGCCACCAUCUCCCCUGCAGCAGACACCGCCCUCCCCAUGGUUCCCACCUGGUCCUCCACCGGCCCUCUCACCAAACCCGGCUGUUCGUUAUGCCGACCAUUGAAGCUCCUCCGCCGCGCCAACGCCAUUGUCAAGCCAGACGUCAUCGCCCCGGGAGCCAGCAUCCUCGCAGCUGCGCCCGGGCAAAAGGUCGGCGAGACGGGGAAGUUUAGGGUUUAUGAUGAGGAAACUGCUAUCUCUGCGGCGCUUGUUGCCGGUGUGGCUGCUCUGAUCAUCCAGCAGCAUCCUGAUUGGACUCCCGCGCAGGUCAUGUCUGCCAUGAUGACUACAGCUAGCAGCACUGACAGCAGCAACAGGGUGAUUCGGAAUGUGAAUGGGGAACCGGCAACGCCGUGGCAGAUGGGAGCGGGACAUGUGUUUCCCGCUAGGGCGCUUGACCCCGGGCUGACCUACGAUGCCGGGGAGCAAGAUUUUCGGAAUUUCCUUGCUGGGCUGAACAUGAAGCUGGCUCGAAGAGCGUUCGGACAGGUGCAACUGAAACCUGUUCCACCCAGGCAUCUGAACCGGCCUUCUAUCUCGCUAAUCAACAUAGUGAAUAAACUCACCGCCAGGCGGACUGUGACGAGCGUCUCAGACACCACAUCGACCUACAGGGUGAGGGUUAACGCCCCUGAGGCUGUGAGAGUGAGGGUGGUGCCAUCGCAGUUUACCAUAGCGCCGGGGGAACGGGUCAGUUUCAAGGUGAAGGCUGUUGUGAGGAGGAAGUUCAAGAACUUUAAGUACGGCAGCAUCACGUGGGAGGAUGAUAAGGGGCAUUCCGUGCGCUCCGUUCUUGUUCUCCAUUGCAAGCGUACGUGCGUGUACUAUUGCUAG